GCCAGUGUGCGUUGCGCCUUUGCUUUCCGAAAACUUUUUUCUGUUUUCAACUUACAGCAGCAACCCCUCGCUGUUUAUUUGCUAAAAACAGGGAUGUUCUCUGGAAGAAAGUUACACCCCAGCAGCGCACUUUCACCUUGGAAAGUUUAAGGACUUUAGAUAACUUACCGGAAAGUUAGUGAAUGGGGAGCGUUUGGGAAGACUUUUACGCACUGAGCUGGGCGACCCAAGUUUACAUGUUUUAAAAGAACAGUUCUUGCGUGUCACACCAAAAAAAAAAAAAAAAAGAAAAAAAAAUCCCAGCUUUCUUCAUUUUCUUCAAUGGCCAGGAGGUUUUUAAAGGACCCUCGCUGAUCGAGUCACGCGAGAGAAAGUUUGGUGAACUUGUGCCAAAAGCGAGUAAAGUCUACCACGAAGUCUACCAUCCACGGCGCGUCUGGAGCGUCUGCUUUGGCCCCUGCGGGUCUGAGUUUAACUCGGUUUGGGAGUAAAUUGAGAGGAAUUGAGCUGGAUAUGACUUCUCUGGCCGGAGCGGGGAAGCCUGCGGCGGCUCGCCGGGUCUGGGCUCUGGUUGUCGCCCUGCUGGCGGCCGCAGCCUCCGUGGAUGGAUGCCCGCACAAGUGCAGCUGCUCCGGCUCGCAUGUGGACUGCCAGGCUCUGGCUCUGAAGACGGUGCCUAAGGGAGUCCCGAGGAAUGCCGAGCGCCUGGAUUUGAACAGAAACAACAUCACCAGGAUCACAAAAGUGGACUUUUCUGGGCUCAAAAACCUCAGGAUUCUUCAUCUGGAGGACAACCAAAUCAGCGUUAUCGAGAGAGGAGCCUUCCAAGACCUCAGACUGCUGGAGAGACUUCGUCUGAACAGAAACAAACUCCAAAUUCUCCCAGAGCUUCUCUUCCAGUCCAACCCCAAACUGGGCCGAGUAGACCUGAGUGAGAACCAGAUCCAGGCAGUUCCAAGAAAAGCUUUCAGAGGAAUCACCAACGUCAAGAACUUGCAACUGGACAGCAACCACAUCAGCUGCAUUGAAGAUGGAGCUUUCCGAGCGCUGCGUGAUCUGGAGAUUCUCACCCUCAACAACAACAACAUCACCCUCAUCCCCCUGUCCAGCUUCAACCACAUGCCCAAGCUGCGGACGCUCCGUCUGCACUCCAACAACCUCCACUGCGACUGCCACCUGUCCUGGCUCUCUGACUGGCUCCGGGCCCGGCGAGGGUUGGCUCCCUUCACCCAGUGCAUGUCUCCUGCCCACAUGAGAGGCCUCAAUGUCCCAGAUGUGCAGAAGAAAGACUUUGUGUGCAAUGGUCCAGCGCAGACGGAACCGAGGACUUGUGCUCCUCAGGUGUCCGUGUGUCCAGCCAGCUGCAGCUGCAAGGAUAAUAUCGUAGACUGUCGUCGUAAAGGUCUCGCCGAAAUCCCAGCGAACCUCCCAGAGGGCAUCGUUGAGAUUCGUUUGGAGCAGAACUUGAUAAAAAGUGUGCCUGCAGGAGCCUUUUCUGCCUACAAGAAGCUCAAACGGAUUGACCUGAGCAAGAACCAGAUAUCUGACAUCGCUGCGGAUGCUUUCAGUGGCCUCCGCUCACUCACCUCACUGGUGCUGUAUGGAAAUAAGAUUACUGAGCUGCCCAAGGGAUUAUUUGAUGGACUGGUUUCCCUGCAGCUGCUAUUGCUGAAUGCCAACAAAAUUAACUGUCUAAGAGUCAACACCUUCCAAGACCUACAGAACCUCAACCUGCUGUCAUUGUAUGACAACAAGCUUCAAACUAUCAGCAAAGGACUGUUCGCUCCUCUGCGCUCCAUCAAGACCCUUCAUCUGGCCCAGAAUCCCUUUAUGUGUGACUGUCACCUGAAGUGGCUGGCUGACUACUUGUUUGACAACCCGAUAGAGACCAGCGGAGCUCGCUGCAGUCACCCCAGAAGGCUGGCCAACAAACGGAUCAGCCAAGUCAAGGGCAAGAAGUUCAGGUGCACAAGUCAGGACGACUAUCGCAGCCGUCUGAGUGGGGAGUGUUUCCAGGACCUGGUAUGUCCAGAAAAAUGCCGCUGUGAAGGAACGGUGGUCGACUGCUCCAACCUCAAACUGAUCCGACUACCGCCGCACAUCCCAGAGCACACCACGGACCUGCGGUUAAACGACAACGAGAUUGCUGUCCUGGAGGCGACAGGGAUUUUUAAGAAGUUGCCCAACUUGAAGAAAAUCAACCUGAGCAACAACAAGCUGAGGGACAUCCGUGAGGGAACCUUCGAUGGAGCCGGAGGCGUUUUGGAGUUACUGCUAACAGGGAACAAGCUGACUGGACUGCAGGGCCGCAUGUUCAGAGGACUAAGUGGCCUCAAAACUCUCAUGCUGCGGAGCAACCAGAUCAGCUGCAUCGACAACGGGACGUUCACGGGCCUGAGCUCGGUGCGCCUGCUGUCGCUGUACGACAACAGGAUCUCCAGCAUCGCCCCGGGAGCCUUCUCCACCCUGCACUCGCUGUCCACCAUCAACCUUCUCUCCAACCCGUAUGUGUGCGACUGCCACUUGUCCUGGCUGGGCCAGUGGCUGAAGAAGACCCGGGUGGUGAGUGGAAACCCCCGCUGCCAGAGGCCGCCCUUCCUCAAGGAGAUUCCCAUCCAGGAUGUGGCUACCCCAGAUUUCACAUGCGACGGUGUGGAGGAUAAUGGCUGCCUCCCUGCGUCGGGUUGUCCUGACGCCUGCACUUGCUCAGAUGGCGUGGUGCGAUGCAGCAACAGAGGACUGCACUCUCUGCCCAAAGGCGUUCCCAAGGACACCACGGAGCUGUACCUAGAGGGUAAUAUGCUGACAUCUGUGCCGAAGGAGCUGGCAGGCCUGAAGCAGCUGUCACUGGUGGACCUGAGCAACAACAGCAUCAGCACUCUGGCGCCGCAUACCUUCAGCAACAUGACUCAAUUAGCUACUCUCAUCUUGAGCUAUAACCAGAUCCGCUGCAUUCCAGCCCACGCCUUCGACGGGCUCAGGUCACUUCGUCUGCUGACACUCCACGGUAAUGACCUGUCAACUAUCCCUGAAGGGGCUUUUAACCACCUCACCUCGCUUUCCCACCUGGCUCUCGGUGCCAACCCUUUGUACUGCAAUUGUGACUUACGCUGGCUCUCUCAGUGGGUCAAAGCUGGCUUUAAAGAGCCCGGCAUUGCUCGUUGUGCUGGACCUCCUGACAUGGCUGACAGACUCCUGCUCACCACCCCCCUCAACAAAUUUCAGUGUAAAGGUCCGGUGGAUAUCAGCCUCCUGUCAAAGUGCGCCCCUUGCUUGGCAGGACCGUGCAGGAACAACGGUACGUGUGUGUCUGAGGCUGCUGGAUCCUACCACUGCACCUGCCCCAAUGGAUUCAAGGGUCAAAACUGUGAAAUCCCCAUCAACGCGUGUAUCAGCUUCCCCUGCUCGAACGGAGGAACCUGCCACAUCCAGACCGGCCUGGAGGACCACUUCAGCUGCGCGUGUCCGCCUGGUUUCGAGGGCCAGCGUUGUGACAUAAACCCAGAUGACUGUGAAGACAAUGACUGUGAGAACAAUUCUACCUGUAUCGAUGGGGUCAACAACUACACCUGCGUCUGUCCUCCAAACUACACGGGUGAUCUGUGUGAUGAAGUGGUUGACCCUUGUCUCAGCGGUUUCGACCCGUGUCUGCACGACUCCAAGUGCAUUCAUGUUGGGCGCAGGUAUAGGUGCGAAUGUUUACCAGGCUACGUCGGCCAACAUUGUGAGCAGGACUAUAAUGACUGCUUGGAGAAUAAAUGUCAACACGGUGCAGAGUGUGUGGACGCUGUCAACGGAUAUACCUGCGUCUGCAAAGAGGGUUUCAGUGGGCUGUUCUGUGAGAACCCUCCACCAAUGAUCUUGCUGCAGACCAGCCCCUGCGACCAAUCGGACUGCCAGAACCGGGCCCAGUGCCUGGUGGUUGCCGGGGAGCCCAUUUGCCGCUGCUUGCCCGGUUUCUUUGGUACUAAUUGCGACAAAAUGGCCACCGUUCACUUCCUGGGUCGCGACGGAUUCGUGGAGCUGCCGGGCACCAAGCUCCGUCCAACUGCCCAUGUGUCGUUGCAGGUGGCGACAGACAGAGACAACGGUAUUCUGCUGUACAAGAACGACCAGGACCCCCUGGCGCUGGAGCUUUAUCAGGGGCACAUACGCCUCAUCUAUGACAUCACCAACUUCCCACCCACCACUGUGUACAGCGUUGAGUCGGUGAAUGACGGACUUUUCCACACAGUUGAGCUGUUGAUCCAGAAUCGCUCCCUGAGCCUGGUGGUGGAUAACGGCGCCCCGAAGAGCCUGGGCAAGCUAACGCGCCAGCUCUCCGUCGACCACAACACUCAGCUGUACAUAGGAGGCGUCCCAUCGCAGGUUGUGGCUCUAGGUUUACGUCCUGGUUCUGAUCGUGCCUCUCAGGCCUUUAACGGCUGCAUACACAACUUUAAGAUCAAUGGAGAGAUUCAAGACUUGAGUUUUAAAUCUGCAGGACAUCGACUGCAAGGGGUUGAAGGAAAGGGCGAUGGCAUCCUCGCAGGGUGUCAUUCCUGCAGUGUGUGUGCACAGGGCGCCUGCAGAGAGGGAGGGGCGACGGGGGUCACUUGUGAUUGUCCUCCAGGUAGGAGAGGGGCUCUGUGUGAUGAGACGACAGCCUCAAAUCCCUGUCAGAACAGCAGAUGUGUUCACGGCGUAUGUGUGCCCAAGGGUCCGUCUUACAGUUGCCAGUGUAAAGAAGGCUACCAGGGUCAGUACUGCGACCGACGGCAGGAGCCUUCGGCUUGCAGGGGGGUUCGCUGUGGAAGAGGAGAGUGUCGCGUAUCAGAGGGGGGAGAUCCCGUCUGCCACUGUCCGGCAGGCUACACCGGACCAACCUGUGACACAGCAGAGUUCACGUGUCAAGGAGAGCUGGUGAGGGAGCAGCUGAAGCGGCACCAAGCCUUGAGAACAUGCACGUCCAUCAACAAGAUUCCUCGCGAUUGCUCCAAAUCCUGCCAGGCUUCGGCGCCCCCUGGUGUCUGCUGCGGCGUCACCAAGACCAGGCGGAGGAAGAUUGCUUUCCGCUGCAGCGACGGGAACUCGUACACGGAGGAGAUGGAAACAGCUCAGGAUUGUGGCUGCUCUAAAUGCCCCUUGUAACAGCACAGCAGUUCAUUUGUUUGUUCUGCAACACACACACCGCUGCCGUUUGGUGGAUUCUGCAAGUCUGUGAGGCCGUCACUCCGACAUUUUUCCACUGAUGAGCACCAGCACUGCACGUUUAACUUCCACAUCAUGUUUGACCGCUGCCAAUCAUUGCCAAGAGACAUCACAAAAAGAAAAGAAAAGAAAAGAAAAAAAGGGACAUAUGUGUGUGAUUUUUGACAGAGAGAAUAUAUAUUGUAAGAUAUAAGUGAGAAAACAUAGAACUUAUUUUUAUUAUGGAUUUUUUUGUAAGGUGAUAAAAGGACUGAUGAGCUGUUUUUAAUAUGUUUAUUAUAUAAUGUGUUACAUAGUAUAAAGUAUUUUCUACCUUUUUAAAGAAGGAAAAAUACACAACAAAAUCAAUUAACAUUCCUUAAAAGUAUAUAAAUUUAUAUGUAUGUGUAAAUCUAUUAAAGACAAAAGAAAACAAAAAAAAACAACAAAUAUUUACUCUAACCAAAUGAAUCUUUGUAUCAUCCAAAUGUAUGUGCAUGAUGGUGAUGUGAGUGCCGAUGUUUUGGAGGUCGUGGACACUGAGAGGGCAGGUUGAAAACGGGAGCUUGCUUGAUUCCACAACAAGAAAAAGUUUUAUCCUCCCUCCGGGAGGUUGAAAGGGAACUGUAAGUGCCGAGCUAACCUGCUUUCUUUAUGAAACAGACAUCAUCCUCACAUGUGAGUUCACAAACAAAGACUAUCCACAGAGAGGAUUUAACAGUUUUGCUCUAUUAAUGUGUUAUUCUGUAGUUUGCUUUUACACAGCACACCUGGAGCCACACGAGGUUUGAAAUUAAAAUCGCUAAGACUUCCCCAUUCAUUAUAAGUCAGAUAAUCUCAUCCUUAUAUAAGAAUAAUAACAAUAAACUAAUAUAGAAAGUUAGCGGUUAACCGAUUAGAAACCUGUUAACUGCUGACAUUUAGAAGAUAUGAAGAAAUCCCUGAUCAGCUGUAAGAGCUUGUACGUCAGGCCCAUCAGAAAACACCCACGUGACGCAGGGAAGUCGGUGCGUAGUCGGUAUGCUUUGUCGCGUCAUUUUCACAAACGUGACGUCUGGUGAACUAACUAACCAUACGUUUCCAAAACACUACACCAAAAUGAGAUGUUGGAUUGCUGGAGUCAAUACAGUAUUUUCAGCUGUUAACUUUGGUACUUCAGUUGCUGCUCGUGAGCGCUAGUUGGUCGAGUCGCUGUUUCAGACCCUUCACAACACCAAGAAGUAAAAGAUAAGAAACACUAAUGACUGAAAGUAUUGAUUGGUGCAAGUUCAAGCUCUUUUAUGUGCUCGUUUUGAAAUUUAGAAAUGCUGCUCCAAGAUUUUCAACAGCUGCAACAGAGUUAUUGAUCUCUCUGCGCUGUUGCCAUGACAACACAAUCAAGAUUCUGUGAUUUCCAAAGAUGAUGAUGCCAGAAUAACUAUACCUCUCCCCCUCUUCUUAGUGACAUUACCUCUGAAGGUUGGAGGAAAUGUAAAGGCAUACUAAUUUGAUGAAGAGGAGCUUUACUUGUGCCACAAGUUGUUUUUUUUUGUGUGACUUUUGGUGAGAAAAUAUAUCACAGCCUCAUGUUGAAUGUGAAACUGCAGAUUCAACAAUUACUCACUUCCUUUUUGAGCUUUCAUACAGUAUUACUGCAUUCACUGAGGAUGUUUUUCAUCUACAAGAUGUUAAGAGGGGUCGGUUGGGCUCAUUGACGACUGUUUUUGUAUCAAUAUUAAUACCAUGUAUAUCUGAACGCAUCCACAAUAUUGAGGAGUGAGUCAAUGCAACAGACAGCUCAGCUGAGUAUGACGUGAUUAUUACAAAUAUGCACUUACUCACUUGCAAUAAAUGCUCUGGAAGAUUAAGUGCUUUGUUAACACGUUGUUUCACCUUAUGUUUCUGGGGAACUGUGACUUAAGGUUACAAAAACGGUCUAAUGUUUUAAACAUUUAAAAAGGUUAAGUUUCAACACUGAUUCUGUGUGAUGUAGUUAAUAAAGUGCCUUCCAGUUGUUGACCAAUAGAAACAUGCUCCUCUCUGAUCCCAGUGAAGUAGAUAAGUGGGCUUAAAACAGUUCCAUCAUGAAACCACAUUUCAACAGAGGAACCAAAGCAUGGGUGAAAAAAAUAAAUAAAAAUGCAAAAAAAAACAUCUACUCCAGAAUGGUACAUUAACUGUUGACUAAUACAAGUAAAGUAUAAUAAAAUAAUAUAAUGUAACUACUACUGUACUGUUUACUUUUUAUACAUUAUUACUUUGUUUACAUCAAAUGCAAAGUACGGCCACGCCUUUGCAGUUUUUACAGCUCUGCCAUUUGAGGUUUGUAACAUAUCAGUGUUAUUCUUGUGUAACAACAUUUUGUUUUGGUUUUUCAGAAUUCAAUUUCUCUGUACGCAGUCCUUAAAUGUUUGCUUUUUCCUUUUUUUUUUUUUUUCUUGCAUUCCCAUACAUUUUCCUCGUUUCAACCCAAAAACACUCAUUUUCACCAUCUGUUUUCUUUAUACAUUUAAUUUCUGCUUCCUUCUCUUUGGCGCCUUCAAGAUCUCUCAUCCUGGUCCUACACGUUUUGGUUUUCAUUGUAAACAUUGAAACACCUCAGUUACUAGUUAUGGCAGUACAAACAACUGUAGUCAGUCACUUCUAUUGUAUAAAUCCUAGAUUUGAAGACAUGUGAUUGAUGAUAAUUGAUGCUUAUGCUGAAUGUUAAAAUUAAACUACCAUCAAAACUA